AUGUCUGCCGAAUACGAGGGUGCUAUUGGUAUCGAUCUUGGUACAACCUACUCCUGCGUUGGUGUGUGGGAAUCCGAACGUGUUGAAAUCAUUGCCAACGAGCAGGGUAACCGCACUACCCCCUCGUACGUUGCUUUCUCUGAAAGCGAACGUCUCAUUGGUGAUGCUGCCAAGAACCAGGCUGCCAUGAACCCCAAGAACACCGUUUUCGAUGCCAAGCGUCUUAUUGGUCGUCGUUUCGAUGAUCCUGAGGUCAAGGAUGAUAUGACCAACUGGCCCUUCACCGUCAUUGAUGACAAUGGUAACCCCAAGAUCCAAGUCCAAUCCGAGGGUGAGACCAAGACUUUCUCUGCUCAAGAAAUUUCUUCCAUGGUCUUGAUCAAGAUGAAGGAAAUUGCUGAGGCUAAGCUUGGCAAGAAGGUCACCAAGGCUGUUGUCACUGUUCCUGCUUACUUCAACGACUCCCAGCGUCAAGCUACCAAGGAUGCUGGUACCAUUGCCGGUUUGGAAGUCCUCCGUAUCAUCAACGAGCCUACUGCUGCUGCCAUUGCUUAUGGUUUGGAUGCCAAUGACAAGAAGGAGCGCAACGUCCUUAUCUUCGAUUUGGGUGGUGGUACCUUCGAUGUCUCUCUUUUGACCAUCUCUGGUGGUGUCUUCGCUGUCAAGGCUACCGCUGGUAACACUCACUUGGGUGGUGAGGACUUUGACAACACCCUUGUCAACCACUUUGUCCAAGAGAUCAAGCGUAAGCACAAGAAGGAUAUCACUGGUGAUGCUCGUGCUCUUCGUCGUCUUCGUUCUGCUUCCGAGCGCGCUAAGCGUACUCUUUCUUCGCUUACUCAAACCACCGUUGAAGUUGAUUCUCUCUUUGAGGGUAUUGAUUUCCAAUCCUCCAUCACUCGUGCUAAGUUCGAGGAGAUCAACUCCACCCACUUCACCAACACUGUUGAGCCUGUUGAGCGUGUCUUGAAGGAUGCCAAGGUUGACAAGAAGGAUGUUGAUGAAGUUGUCUUGGUUGGUGGUUCUACCCGUAUCCCCAAGAUCCAAUCUCUUCUCCAAGAUCUCUUCAACGGCAAGGAGCUUAACAAGUCCAUCAACCCUGAUGAGGCUGUUGCUUAUGGUGCUGCUGUCCAAGCUGCUGUCCUUACCAACCAAGCUGGUAACGAGAAGACUCAAGACCUCCUUUUGCUUGAUGUUGUCCCUCUUUCUCUUGGUGUUGAGAUGCAAGGUGGCAUCAUGGCUGUUGUUGUUCCCCGUAACACUCCUAUCCCUUGCCAAAAGUCCAAGGUCUUCACCACUGCUGCUGACAACCAAACCACUGUCACUUUCCCUGUCUACGAAGGUGAACGUUUGAUGACCAAGGAAAACAACAUGUUGGGUGAAUUCUCUCUCAACGGUUUGGUCCCUGCUCCCCGUGGUACUCCUGAAUUGCUCUGUACCUUUGACUUGGAUGCCAACGGUAUCUUGAAGGUCACCGCUCAAGACAAGACCACUGGUCGCAAGGCUGAUGUCACCAUCUCCAACUCUACUCGUCUCUCUGCUGCUGAUAUUGACCGUAUGGUUGAAGAUGCUGCCAAGAACGCUGAAUCCGACAAGAAGCGUGAAGCCGUUGUUCAAGCCAAGCAAGACCUUGAGUCCUAUGUCUACCAAGUUGAGAACAACAUCUCUGAUCCCAACGUCAGCAUGAAGCUUCGUCGUGGUGACCGUGAGGCCAUCGAGACUGCCCUUGCUGAGGCUAUGGAAUUCAUGGAUAUCUCCUCUGAGGAUGCUUCCGUUGAUGACAUCAAGGGUGCUCAGACCAAGUUGAAGCGCGCUACCACCCGUGCUUUCGCUCACGUCUACUCCACUCGUCGCUAA